GGCGGGGCCGGGAGCGGGCGCCGAAGCCUAGCCGAGCCGGAGCGGGCGGCGAAGGCCGGCGCGGCGAGCAGCAACCAUGUCGGUGUUCGGGAAGCUGUUCGGGGCUGGCGGGGGUAAGGCCGGCAAGGGUGGCCCGACCCCCCAGGAGGCCAUCCAACGGCUUCGGGACACGGAGGAAAUGCUAAGCAAGAAACAGGAGUUCCUGGAGAAGAAGAUCGAGCAGGAACUGACGGCUGCCAAGAAGCACGGCACCAAAAACAAGCGAGCAGCCCUCCAGGCCCUGAAGCGCAAGAAGAGGUAUGAGAAGCAGCUGGCGCAGAUUGAUGGCACAUUAUCAACCAUCGAGUUCCAACGGGAGGCCCUGGAGAAUGCCAACACCAACACCGAGGUGCUCAAGAACAUGGGCUAUGCCGCCAAGGCCAUGAAAGCUGCCCACGACAACAUGGACAUCGAUAAAGUCGAUGAGUUAAUGCAAGACAUUGCUGACCAGCAAGAACUUGCAGAAGAGAUUUCAACAGCCAUUUCAAAACCUGUAGGAUUUGGAGAAGAAUUUGACGAGGAUGAACUCAUGGCCGAAUUAGAAGAACUAGAACAGGAAGAACUAGACAAGAAUUUGCUGGAAAUCAGUGGACCUGAAACAGUCCCUCUACCAAAUGUUCCCUCUAUAGCCCUACCAUCAAAACCCACCAAGAAGAAGGAAGAGGAAGACGACGACAUGAAGGAAUUGGAGAACUGGGCUGGAUCCAUGUAACUGGUCCAGCGCAUCUGGGCCCAGACAGACUCUGGUGGCCUGCGCAGCGGGCAGGCAUGUGCAAGUGCAGGGCAGGCAAGACGUGGUGCAGGCAGGUUCCAUCGCUCUCAAAUCUCACUCCAAAGCAGUAGGGCCACAUCACUGCUCAUUCUGCAUAGCAUGGCCUGCACCCAGCGGGAUGGGUGGGGG